ACGUCACUUCCGGCGGUAUUCGGGACGCCAGGAAGUAGCAGAGUGUGCGUCCCUCGAUGAAUGAAACUGAACGGCGAACUUCAUUCAUUCAUUCAACUUUCCCACGAAAAUUUGACAGUGUUUGCCAACCACUACAUACUAGCUUGCUCCACCAGGUGUACAUGCUUGUUACUGUAGCUGGACAUAUUUCUGCUUGUGCACUCGUCUGUGCAUCCCUAAAACUCCAGCUGCAGUCGGGUGUGUUUAUGUGUGUGAAGAGCCCGUGUGUGCCAUGUCAGUAUCAGUGAUCAUAAAGUGGGGAGGUCAGGAGUACUCCAUCAGUUCUCUCUCUGAGGAGGACACAGUGAUGGACCUGAAACAGUCCAUUAAGACCUUGACUGGGGUGCUGCCAGAGAGACAGAAACUACUGGGACUCAAGGUCAAAGGUAAACCUGCAGAGGAUGAAGUGAAGCUGGGCUCCCUGAAGCUGAAGCCCAACACUAAGAUCAUGAUGAUGGGUACCAGAGAGGAGAGCCUGGAAGAGGUUUUAGCCCCUCCCCCAGAGAACGAUGACGUGGUCAAUGAUUUUGACAUCGAAGAGGAGGUCAUUGAGGUGGAGAACAGAGAGGAGAAUCUGGCUAAGAUCGCCCGCAGAGUGAAAGACUAUAAGGUGGAGGAGAUGAACCCUCCCAGAGAAGGCAAGAGGCUUCUGGUACUGGAUGUGGACUACACACUGUUCGAUCACAAGUCGUGUGCAGAAACGGGUCAGGAGCUGAUGAGACCGUACCUUCACGAGUUUCUGACGUCAGCCUACGAGGACUAUGACAUCGUCAUCUGGUCUGCUACAAGUAUGAAAUGGAUUGAUGCCAAAAUGAAAGAGCUGGGUGUGACAGACAACCCUAACUACAAAAUUACCUUCAUGCUGGACAGUGCAGCAAUGAUCACGGUACAUACCCCUAAGAGAGGGGUUGUGGAGGUGAAACCCCUGGGUGUAAUAUGGGGGAAGUACGGAGAAUUUUACAACAGGAAGAACACCAUCAUGUUUGACGACAUCGGACGAAACUUCCUCAUGAACCCACAGAACGGACUAAAGAUCCGACCCUUCAUGAAGGCCCAUCUCAACAGAGAGAAGGACAGGGAACUCUAUAAACUGGCUCAGUACCUCAAAGAAAUCGCCAAACUUGAGGACUACAGUGGACUCAACCACAAACACUGGGAGAGGUACCUAUCUAAGAGGCAGCACCACUGAGGAGGGAGUGCAUCCUCUGCAAAGUCUCCGACUGGAUGCUACACCCCAUCAUCCAGUUCUCUCUCUCUCUCACACACACACACACACACUUGGCUAUUACAAGCCCUUUAUUACAAACCGUUACUGUAAAUCCUACACUAACCCUGCAGCCACCAACACUCAAAAGCUCAGGACUGAGAUGGGCUUCCCAAUUUAUAUCUUUGCAUGUUCUCUCCCAAAUCUCACACAUUUUUUUUUUUUUUGGCAUUCAUCACAAUAAUAGCAGCAGUUACCACCCGUCUGUGUGGUAAUCAAGAACUAUCCCUAAGAUUGAAGCCGCAUGCCACCACGGGCCACAAACUUCUACAAACCUGCUUCAGUCAGGGGUCUAAAAAUACAUCCCGGAGCCCACCGUUAAAUAGCACCUGAAGAUAUCUGAGACCCUUUCAACCUGCUUCGGUCUUCCAGAUGGGUUUACAGCACAUUCACAUUAUAGGUGGUGUGAAGUUGCUUGUCUUUCACUAAAAAGUAGGCCUACUUUGCUCAAGCCUCUCUGCUUUACGAAGCAAGUAAAAACAGGAUACACAUAUCAUUUCAUCGUGGUUAAGGUCAAUAAAGUGGUGUCCCCCCAUCCCUGUACGAAGUGGAGAUGUUGCCUAUUGCAUAAACUAGACUGAGAUUAACCAUCAAAAAGCCAAUUAUGCUUAAUUCUACCUGGAAGACGGAUUGAAAAUGAUUAAAUGUGAAAUUCAACCAGAAAUUAUGUUUAACUAAUUCAACAAAUAUGAUUUUUACUUUAGUACAUCUGGCAAGUUAAUUCUGUGCAUAGAGGGCUCCAGGGAUGACGUAUUUUUGUAGGCCAACCAGGAAGUUAUCACCCUGGUUCCCUCGGAUAAAAAGCCAAUGGGAUUUUUCCAUUGGGUUUUGGAUUAUCGCAGAAAAUAAGCUCUGUGGCGAACAAACGUUUAUGAUACUUACACGUUUUGUUUGGCGAGAUAAACUCCACAAAUGAACGCUACUUUUAUGAUUUUAGAAUUUUGAAUGCAAUCGCCAGAAGUAAAAAGCUAACGUUAGGCUAUAAACAAACUACACUGCAGUCGCAUGACUUCACGUCACCACCACUAAGCUAAAGGCUUAGUGACGUUUAGUAGUCUCAUUUAACCACUUGUUAGCAAACAACAAGUAAAAGUUUCAAAAUUGUAACUAAAAACCCACAGACUUCCAGACGGCGGAACCGGAAGUGCUAAAUGCUAACUCAUUUCUGGGUUUUUCAGACUCAUUCCUGCACCACUCUAUUGUAGUGAAGAAUUAAAGAGGAAAAAUUGGAAUGACAGACAGUGUUGAGAGCAAUGGUCAAAGAUAAAUCUAAGUCCAUGAUGUCUGCAACCUCCACUGUUUGACAUGUAAUAAUAUGCAAUAAUCCUCAGAGCUACUGUGACAUUAGCAGCCGAGUUAAGUUCGGGACUGGUUGUAGCGCAAAAUACUCUCAUCAAAGCAGUCGACUCCUGUGCAUGUUUUGGUGGAAAGCUUCCUGUAUGCAGGCGUCACACUGUCUGACACAGACCUGUGGGAUGAAGGAGCUCGUACAUGUACAUACUGUGGAGGCACACACACGGUUAGCUGUCCAUCGGCGGAGGGUGUGUCUUUUUUGUGUUUUUCUGUUCCACUAUUACAUGUCAGCUCUGUUACACUACUGGAAGCACACCCUCAGAUACACUUUUUUUUAAUGCAGAAUUCAUUAGUUUGUGUUUUUGUUUAGAACUUUUAUUGAACUGUUUAGGUAUAUCCAAAUGUUGAUGAACAAAGUGAGGAUGAGGGAUGAUGUCGGGAAUGCGAGAAACUGACUUUUUUUUUUUUGGUAGCUGCUUCAUUAAUGAAAUUAAAGUGUCUGUACUUAUCGUCAACGUUGGAUUUUAAGUUACGGAUGAAGAAGGGGAAGUGUCAGGAUGGGAAAGGGGGAAGGUGUAUCCCACCCUAUGAACAAGUAGCACCUCUGAAGCUCUUGGAAACAUCAGGGAUGUGAUUUUUUUUCAGACUUUGUCAGGUUUACAGCUCUCUUGGACAUUCAACUCCUUUUCAUUUCUUUGAGCUCUGCCUUUUUGUGUUUUCCUCAUCACAUCCCUGACAUCCUAGCUGUAAAUAUGACAAUAAACCUUUUUUUGUACCUAAA